AGGGAAUCGAGACGAAGGAUCUUUUUAGAUCUCUGAAGAGAGAGGACAUUAAUUUAGUUUAGUUCAUUACGAACUUCCAAAACUCCGCCCAAAAUGCCGAAGAAGGAACUCGCUGGUAAGAAGACUCAGGCCAAGAAGAAGCUCCCGGCUGCCCCUAUCGGUGGUCCGGCUUCCGCGGCUAAGGCCACCAAGAAGUCUCCUUUGUUCGAAAAGGCUGCCCGAUCCUUCCGCAUCGGAGCUAACAUCCAGCCGAAGCGCAACUUGACCCGCUUCGUUAAGUGGCCGCAGUAUGUCCGCCUCCAGCGUCAGAAGCGCAUCUUGAUGGCUCGCGUCAAGGUAAAAGAUUUGAACAAAACUCUCAGAGUUAGAGAUUGCUUUGAUAUAGGAUUAGAAGUUGAAUGUAGAUUUAGAAUUGCUAGCACAGCGUAACUCUAAAAAAGACACCUAAAGGCGCCGAAGCGUCCACUGUUGCGAAAAGUUUGGGUGUCGUCAGUGAAUAAUAUCUAAACCUCUUCUCAAAAUCUACCAAUCAACCUUUUUACUCGAACCUACUUCUACAACGACCCGAUCAGGUCCCGCCGAGUGUAGCUCAGUUCACCCACACUUGCGACAAGUCUCAACUCCAGCAGUUGGCUCGUUUGUGCAAGAAGAUCGCUCCGGAAACCAAGGCCGACAAGAAGCAGCGCCUCAAGGACAUGGCUGGUACGAUGAUUUGGAUGUCAGAAUUUUUAGGGGAUCGCUUGGUGGACACAAAAAAUAUCUACAUCCGCCAACGGAUGUGUGGAAGAAUUUCUUCCAUGUGUCUAUCGUAAUGUGCAUGUUGGAGAUGUUAGUCAAUCACAGUCCUCUAAAUCAUGUAGCUUAGAAAUGAUGCGUCAAUCUGUUGAUCUCAACAUGCGGCUUCAUCCGCACUAAUUUGAUUCUCAAGCCGCGUCUUCAAAAACCAUUGUCAUCAACAUCGAUAUUCAUUUGCCACCAAUAAAACCACUACAGGUUCCAAGGCCACCGACACCAAGGCCGCUCCGGUCAUCAAGUUCGGUAUUAACCACGUCACCGAGCUUGUCGAGCAGAAGAAGGCCAAGCUCGUCGUCAUCGCUCAUGACGUUGACCCGAUCGAAUUGGUUGUGUGGCUUCCGGCCCUCUGCCGCAAGAAGGACAUCCCGUACUGCGUGAUCAAGUCCAAGUCGCGCCUCGGACAGAUGGUCGGCCAGAAGACCGCCACUGCCGCGUGCAUCGUCAACGUCCCGAAGGAGGACUCUAAGGACUUGGAGGUCCUCUGCGAAUCCAUGAAGGCUGCCUUCAACGACAACAAGGAGGUCGCACGCCGAUGGGGUGGAGGCUUGUCCGGUGUCAAGUCCCUGCACAUCCAGCGUCGUCGUCAGGCCGCUUUGGAGAAGGAAUUGGCCAAGAAGACCGGUCUCAUGAUGUAAGUAACAUCUUCUUCAUUUUCACAACCUAAAGGAGAAGGAAAAUUGAAGUCCAGAUGAGCAGUACAACAUCCUCAGAUGAGCAGCAGGAGCAGUCGAGAAGAAGCCUGACGACAUCGGUGGAUCUAACGGGAGGCUACAUCACCAGCAUGUCGGAGGAUCUUCUCUCAAACGCGAGGCGAGACGCAAAUGUGGAGAACAAUUAACGUCAUAUGCUGCGCAGAUCUAGAUGUCAGAUCAAUUUCGUUUUGGCGGUAUUGAAAUGAUAGGCUCUGUGAAGACGAGACGUUGUUGAAAUAAAUGUCCUGAUCAAAUUGAUCACUCUCUUCAAAAAAAGCUGCGUAGCGGCAAAGUCAGUCACCGCUGAUCCGUACCCUCUUCCGGU